AUGAUAAACAGAAAAUUUUUGAAUGAUUGCUCUGCUUCAAACCCCUUUAUCAAUGUUAAUGUCACCUCCAAUUCUACCCUAUCAGAUGAUGGGUUCGUGACAGUCACAGUCACUGGUGUUUCCAAUCCUUCAAAUGAUGAUUGGGUUGCCAUGAUCUCACCUUCGAUUUCUGAGUCCACGCCUCUGAGUUUUUCCAAUCCCAAGAGGCCACUCUAUGGACAUCUCUCAAGCAUAGAUUCAUCUGGAACUUCUAUGAGAUUGACAUGGGUUAGUGGAGAUAAAGAGCCUCAGCAAAUCCAAUAUGCAAAUGGAAAAUCAGUUAAUUCAACAGUCACCACAUUUUCACAAGCUGAUAUGUGCAGUUCACUGCUGCCUAGUCCUGCUAAGGAUUUCGGAUGGCAUGAUCCAGGCUACAUCCAUUCUGCUGUUAUGACUGGCCUUAUCCCUUUGAGCACCUUCUCCUACAGAUAUGGAAGUGACUCCGUUGGUUGGAGUAAACAAAUCAUGUUUUCAACUCCACCAGUUGGAGGAUCAGAUGAGCUCAGAUUCAUUGCCUUUGGUGAUAUGGGCAAGACUCCUCUAGAUGCUUCAGAAGAACACUACAUUCAGCCAGGAGCACUUUCUGUGAUUAAAGCCAUUGCCAAUGAUGUAAACUCCAACAAAAUAAAUUCAGUCUUUCACAUCGGAGAUAUAAGCUAUGCAACAGGUUUUCUAGCGGAAUGGGAUUUCUUUCUUCACCUUAUCAACCCAGUAGCUUCCAGGAUUUCUUAUAUGACAGCAAUAGGGAACCAUGAGAGGGAUUAUGUAAAUUCAGGUUCAAUAUAUAUUACUCCUGACUCUGGUGGGGAAUGUGGAGUACCUUAUGAAAAAUACUUUCCAAUGCCAACUUCAGCAAAAGAUAAGCCUUGGUACUCUAUUGAGCAAGGAAGUAUUCAUUUCACGGUAAUAUCUACUGAGCAUGACUGGUCAGAGAAUUCUGAGCAGUAUGAGUGGAUGCAAAAGGACAUGGCAUCAGUUAAUCGACAGAAAACUCCUUGGCUGAUCUUCACUGGACAUAGACAGAUGUACUCCUCCACCCAUGAACUUUUAUCUUCUAGCACCAAGUUUAUUGAAGUUGUGGAGCCAUUGCUAUUUCAAAAUAAGGUGAGAGGCUUUUUGGAAUUGGAUCGUGGAGAAUGGGAGCAAUCCGUAGAUGAUGUUCCUUCACUUUUGGACAUUGUGAUUGCUAACACCACAGUCCUACACCGCAAUUUCACUGCACUUUCAGAAUUCAGAAUGGUAAACAGACGAAUUUUGGGCGACUGCUCUGCUUCAAAUCCCUUCCUCGAAGUCAAUGUCAUCUCAAAUUCUAGUCUAUCGGAUGACGAGUUUGUGACAGUUACAGUCACUGGAGUUGCCAAUCCUUCAGACGGUGAUUGGGUUGCUAUGAUCUCACCUUCAAAUUCGGAACAGAUGGAUGUGGAAAUAAAUAGUGCUGUAUUUGAUUCCUCACAUGAUGCAUUUAUUGGGUUUACAUUCACACAAAUAUUGGAAAAACCAUUGUUUAUCCUUGGAUUAAAUCCCAUCGAAAAAUUGGACAAUCUUGAAAACUACAAGCCGAAGAUUUUAAGCCCAGUGAGUGGAUUCCUUAAUGAUAAACAAGAAAGUGCUAACAUUAGUGAUUAA